AAAAAAAAAAAAAAAAACAGAAUUCUGGAUCCCAGCAUGCCACCACAGCAGCUCGGUAUCCGCCUCUCCUCCCCCAAAGUCACCGCAGGCGCAGCAGCAGGCUUCCCCCGUCCGGGCGCGCGCGGAGGAGACUCCACCGAGUGAUGCCACUGCUGCGGCGACACAAGCACCCAGCCGCCGCGCACACUGUCGACGCCCGCCGGAGGACCCGACAGGACCACAUCGGCCCUUGACGGAAGAGAGGAGAGCCUCCCCUCCCUCCCUCCCUCCCUCCCUCCCCGGUCCCCCCCACCCCUGUCCUCACCCCCCCCUCCCUCACCCCCCUCCUCCCCCCUCCUCCAGCGGCUCUUGAUCCCGUCCCGACUUCAGGAUGUCCGACAGCAACGCAAGUCCCGCCGACCGGGUGAUCAAAUCGGUCCCCUUCCCCCUGGCCCACCGGCUCACCAUGAAGGAGGUGUUCGACGCCGAGGGCCGGCCGCGGGUGGACCUGCUCAAGGCCCACCUGACCAAGGAGGGCCGGCUGGAGGAGGCGGUGGCGCUGCGCAUCAUCGACGAGGGCGCCGCCAUCCUGCGCCAGGAGCGCACCAUGCUGGACAUCGAGGCGCCGGUCACGGUGUGUGGCGACAUCCACGGCCAGUUCUUCGACCUGAUGAAGCUGUUUGAAGUGGGCGGCUCUCCUGCCAACACGCGCUACCUCUUCCUGGGGGACUACGUGGACAGGGGCUACUUCAGCAUCGAGUGCGUGUUGUACCUGUGGUCACUGAAAAUCCUCUACCCAAAGACGCUCUUUCUUCUACGGGGAAACCAUGAAUGUAGACAUCUGACAGAAUAUUUCACCUUCAAACAAGAAUGUAAGAUCAAGUACUCGGAGCAGGUGUACGACUCCUGCAUGGAGGCGUUUGAUUGCCUGCCCCUGGCAGCCCUGAUGAACCAGCAGUUCCUGUGUGUGCAUGGGGGGCUUUCACCAGAGAUACACACACUGGACGACAUCAAGAAGUUGGACCGGUUCAAGGAGCCCCCAGCGUUCGGGCCCAUGUGCGACCUGCUGUGGGCCGACCCCCUGGAAGACUUUGGCAACGAGAAGACCCAGGAGUACUUUGGCCACAACACAGUCAGAGGGUGCUCGUACUUCUACAGUUACCCAGCGGUGUGCGAGUUCCUCCAGACCAACAACCUGCUGUCAAUCAUCAGAGCACAUGAAGCACAGGAUGCUGGGUACCGUAUGUACAGGAAGAGUCAGACCACCGGGUUCCCCUCCCUCAUCACCAUAUUCUCUGCUCCAAACUACCUGGACGUCUACAACAACAAAGCGGCGGUGCUAAAAUAUGAGAACAAUGUGAUGAACAUCCGUCAGUUCAACUGCUCUCCUCACCCGUACUGGCUGCCCAACUUCAUGGACGUCUUCACGUGGUCACUGCCGUUUGUGGGAGAAAAAGUGACUGAGAUGCUGGUCAACGUCCUGAGCAUCUGCUCCGACGACGAACUCAUGAACGACGGAGACGAGAUCUACGACGCCAGCGCGGCGGCAGCCAGGAAAGAGGUGAUCAAAAACAAGAUCCGAGCCAUUGGAAAGAUGGCCAAAAUGUUCUCCGUUCUACGAGAGGAGAGUGAGAACGUCCUGACCCUGAAGGGCCUGACCCCGACCGGCAUGCUGCCCAGCGGAGUGCUGUCCGGGGGCAAGCAGACGCUGCAGAGUGCCAUCCGAGGCUUCUCCCCGCAGCAUCGGAUCAGCAGCUUCGAGGAGGCCAAAGGUCUGGACCGGAUCAACGAGAGGAUGCCGCCGCGGCGCGACGCCGUCAACAGCGUGGGCCUGUCCAUGGGCCGCAUGAACAUGGGGGAGCCCAACGGGACCGACAGCAACAGCAAUAUCCAGUGAUGGACACACACACCCCCAACAUGGACACACACACACUCACACACACACACACACACACACACACACACCUGCAGGUCCAGCACUGAUCCGGUACCAUAUUUAUAGAUACCUGUACAUAGGCAUAUAUACACCAGGAAGACGCAGCACACUAAAAUCAAGUAUUUCUGACACUGAAUAGAUGACAUGACACACACACACACACACACACACACACACACAUACAUAUGAUUACCUAGCCCUUUCCUGUUGCCCUCAGCUGUUGUGUAAAGGCAUGAGAGUUCCCGGACUUUACCACCGAAGGCCGAACCCGACAGGCCUGAUCCUGCGCCGCAGCAGGGAGAGAAGCUCCGCCCCCCCCAGCAGGAAGGAGCGGGGGGGGCUGCUGGGGAUCAGCAGGGGGGUUGUGUGUUGUUUGGUAGGGAGGGAGCACACACCUGUCUGUGGGUGUGUGUGUGAGUGUGUAGAGGUCAAAGGGGAGGGGAGCUGGUGGGGGGGGGGGGGGCAAUCAGGGGAAUUUAAGACAUUUUUGCUGGUUCUAUUUUUUCCUGUUUGCGUCUCAAAGCAGGAGGCAGAACCAAACUUCAGCUUGGUUAGUUUUCAGGAGUCGUGGAUUUGCCUGUCUGGAAUGUGUGUGCGUGUGUGUGUGUGUGCGUGCACGCAGGUAUAUUUCAGAAAAAAAAAGAAAAGAGAAGAAGCAGGUGUGUUUGGGGUAAAGCCGUGCGGCUGUUGUUGGUGGAGAUAUUCUGACCUCCGGUCAUCCUUCUUCUUCUCUGGAGGAGAUUCCCGUCUGUAGCAGCACACGGACGCAGGACCCCCCCCACAACACACACACACACACACACACACACACACACACACACACAGACACACACCUGUCCUCAGAUCAGGCUGCAGGCGCUCCAGAGCCUCUCCCCUCCUGCUGCGUGUAAAUAGGACAUGAGGAGGUUUCGGUGCAUAUCUGACGCAUUCGACAUGCGAGAUGCGGCGUAGCGGGACGUUGGAGUGCGUGAGGGAGCCGGGGAGCUGGGGGAAGGUGGGGGGGAGUUAAAAAUGUGAAGUCAUGUCCAUUCUCUUUCUACAUCCUGCUGUUGUGGCGGCGUGGCGGCCGGGAGGCGGCGAGCCUCUCUGGCCUCAAACUAAAGGCAGCAAACGGCGUCACUCAGAGGAAACGGACUCUGCCGAGGAAGGCGACAAGAAGUGCGAAGAAAAAAGGUCUUUGUAAAGCAUUUAUAUUAACGCAUCAGUGCAUGCAGAGUUAAGUUCUUUGAUAAUAAUGUGAAGAUUAUAUUUGUGCUCUGUGUUUCACUAUGGUAGGAACUUUUUUCUUCUUGUUUUUCUGGCUAAUAUAAAUGAACUGAGGUAUAACGAAUCACUUAUUUUGUACAUAAUGUUGAUUUUAUUUAUUUUUUGUAUUCAUUUUGUGUUAUAUUUUGUUUCUUUUCUUUUUUUUUUGUCACUUUUGGUUCGUUUCUUUUUCACGGCCUGUGUUUCCGGUUCCUUUCUCGACGCUGUACAGACUGACGGUACGCUUCUAUUGGAAAAGUGUCAGGUCCACGUUCUCUCCUCCUCCUCCUCCUCCUCCUCUUCUUCGUCGGUGUACAGGAGUUGUUUUUAAACGAUAAAUAUGAAUAACGGUAAAACAAUUAUUAAACUAGCAUUGAUGAAUGACCAUCCUAUAUACCAGAGGCACAGGCGUUCAGGCAGCCAGAAGCAUGAUUGCAUGGUUACAAUUUGCGCUGUUCGAGGCAAAAAGCAGCAGACACAUUUUACCAGAAGAGCCCGUGUGUUGCCGUCACAAUUUAAAGGUUAAAAAAAAAGUGUACUCUCUCUCUGAUCAUUAUUCUUGAUGAUUCCUCUUGUUAUUUGAUGAUAUUUAUGAUUCUAUGAUUAUUAUGAUUCUAUUUAUUAUGGACAUUCUUCUUAAUAUUUAAGCUCUCUCUCUCUGCUGGUUGCUCUUCAUGUUGCGUUGCUCCUUGGUUGAUCUUGUGCUUCUUUGGGAGAGGUGAACCCCCCCGGGAGACCCUGUGCCAUAGAAAUUGUGCCACGGUUCUGACUUUCUGUCUCUCUUCUCUUUUCUCUCUCUCUCUCUCUCUCUCUCUCUCUCUCUCUCUCUCUCUCUCUCUCUCUCUUCUUUUCUGUCUCUCUCUCUCUGCUCCCGUUCUGUUUUGACUCCCCAGUCACUAACACUGUAAGCAUGCCCCAUGGGACGAUCCACUUUUUUACUCUUGAAUAAAAUAUGCAUGAACCUUUA